AUGCAAGAUCUUGAGGACGUUGCAAUUUUUUGGGACUUCGAAGGGACGCGGACCGCAUCUAACAUUUCUGGUUAUGAUAUUGCAAAGAACAUUCGCCUCACUGGCCAGAUUUUUGGUACCGUGAAAUCGUUCAGGUCCUAUUACGAUUUCUCGGCUCUAACUUCUCUUCGAAAUCCCAAUUUACGUCAUGAACUGCAAUCAUCGGGGAUUUCUCUGAUUGAUUGUCCAUCUGCUGGUGGUAAAAACAUCGCGACUAAAAUGAUGAUGGUGGACCUCAUCAUCCAUGCCCUCGAUCAUCCAGCCCCAACCACAUUUCUUAUCAUUACAGCUGAUAGGGACUUUGGCUACGCGAUUGCGACCCUUCGGCUGAGAAAAUAUCGCGUCGUUCUUCUCUCGCCGCCAGGCACUCACCCCGACGUCACAUCUCAGGCGUCGGUAAACAUUGACUGGAACAAGGCCGUUUUGGAACUGGGAGAUGAGAUUGACACUGGUUUCAAUCCUGAUGCGCAGCCUUCAGCGGUCCACACUCCGCAUUCUCAGUCACAAGCCUCUGCGCCCCCACCUGUUCCUGAUCACCAGGAUAUUCCAGUGGAGCCAAUCAACAUCAAUCGCAGCCGGCGAGAUUCAGUAUUCUCCAGGCCAUUUGUCGACCCCGACCGUUUUAAUAUAUUCGGAGAUCCUUACAAUCCCCCAAAGCUGCCGACAUUUUCUGAUACCUUCUUGAGGCCACAGUGGCCGCUGAGGGCUGAUUCGGCUCCUCCGAUGGAAACAAGCUACGCCAAGGAGAGAACCUCGACACCCGAACCAACUGGUUUUUACCGUCCAUCAGAUGGUGUGGGGUACGCUAGGUCGGCGGAUAAGGGGAAAGGGAAACAAAGAGCGUUUCCCUUUCCUGAGCCAGAGGACCCUGUCCCGUUCUCCCAAAGUCCUACUCCACCCUUUCGCAGAUCGAGUUUGAAUCACAGUGAUACAGAUAUGGCGGGGCGCGAACAAAUCAACCCUCUUCGCCACUCUCCGUUGACAUCAGUGCAAGAACCUCCUCAAAACCAAGGUCAAUUCCAUAGGUCGCCACCUUCAGUGGAAAGUUUGUCGUCAUCCUCCUCAGAGAGCUCUUCUGGGUUCUCUAUGGUUGGUCCCUCGACGGCCCCAACUUCGGCCGAAUCUGCUGCACGAGAAAAGGAGAAUGCAACCAGGGUGGCACCAACAGAUGCCCCUUCGGCACGGAGUGCCUCAAUUGUGUCCGUUCAAGACUCACUACCACAGGCAGCCACGGUGCCAGUACCUUCGACGGCGACAACGGUCGUAGACAGAGCCGCGACGCCUGCGGCAGUUGCGACCACAGUGACGCCUUCGGCAGUGCCGACCUUCGUGACACCAGCGGCCUCAACCCCGUCAGCAGCGGCUGCUCCGAAUAUUGCGUCCUCGACGACAGCGGCACCAGCGGCCUCUCCACAUAUCCCUGGAAAGCCGGCCAUCGUUCGCUCUGCGUCACAGCCACUCAGCAGCCCACUAAAGGUAUCAGCUUCAACGCCGUCCGCAGGCCCGUCCACGACACCCUUCGCGGGCUCCUCAACGACGCCAUUCGCAGGUCCCUCGAAGAAUGCUCAGCCCAAACCCCGGGUUCCCGAGAAAUUUCGAAUCUUAGUUGAGAGAAUUAGACAAUAUCCGAAUCAUGAGGCAACUCGAUCUGCUUUGGGGACUGAUCUGCUUCGAAUUGACAGGGACGUCUAUGAGAAGGCGAGUGUCUCCAAAUUCGCGGCGUAUAUUGAUGCCGCAUUGGUCGCUGGGGUUGUGGCUCUAGGAAGAAACGCAGGUGGCGAAGGAGUGGUAUCCUUGCGGUCUCCAUGGCCUUUUGCCGCUUAG